GUCGUGAGCGAAAUGUCCAGAGGCUUGUGUCCAGAAAAGUAAAGGACACUUGAAUUUGGCAGCUGUUUUGUCAACAAAAAAAUGAUUUUUUUUAUUAAGGGACUGCUGAGACAGGGAAGACUGAGUCAUGACUCCUGCUGAGAGGCUGAAGGUGCUCCUGUUUUUGGCUCUGUUCUUCGGAGCGACAGGGUUUCUGUUCACGCUGCUCUCCUGCGGGACGGAGUACUGGCUGCUGGCUGCGGAGACCUGCAGCCGGACAGAGGACAGCCAUGGAGGACAGAGAGAGAAGAGCGGAGCCGAGGCUAUAAACCAGAUGAGGAUCUUCCAUGAGGGUCUGUUUUGGCGGUGCUCCUUUACGGUUGUUUCUUAUGAUUUCACCAUGUGGGACCUUUGGAUCUCAGAUCAGCCAUCUUCCAAGGUCUGCCAUGCCGCUUUCCUCUUCCCGUUUCCUGUUUACGAGCGGAUGCCAUCACGGAUGGAGCCACACGGUUUACCCACAGAACCGUAUGAACAUCACUCUGCCAUCGUUUUUAGGACCUUCUGGAGCAUCUUCCUCGUCGCAGGCUUGGCGGCUCUGAUCAUUGGUGGAUUUGUUGUGACCUGUGCUGGCUCACAGACCAAUCACAGGCUCUUUAAAGUGGAAGGCGCUCUUCUGCUUUUUGGCGGUCUGUCUCUGCUGGCGGUGGUGCUGAUGUAUUUGAUGUGGGUCCAGGUCCUGGACACUCUGGAGCAGUUUGCCCUCCAUCACAGCGUCUCCACCUGCCCCUCCUUCCACCUCAGAGUCCAGCACGGUCCGUCCUUCCUCCUGGCUCCGGUGGCGGUCUUCUUCUGCCUUUUGUCUGGCGUCCUCUUCAUCCUGAUGGGCCGGAGCGUUCAGGGGAUGCAGAGGAACGAAAGAGACAAAACGACUGAACUUCCAGCUGCUGAUAUUUAUCUCUGACUUCUUCCUUAAAUACGGAGAAAUCAGUUUCAUCAAGUGCAAUGAUGGGAACUGCAUGAGAUCAACAAACAUAAUCUCUCACCCGGGGUUUAACCCUUUGAAGCCUGAGCAAACUGACGUGUCUUCUAUCAAAAACAUGGAAAGCAGGCAAUGAAAG